CCAACUUAGAAAGGCGGGCUUAGUCAGAACCAGCUGGCCUUUCCACGAAAGUGCUGCAACGGAGGUUGGGGGACCCCUGCUCGCUCCCCAGAUUCCCAGCACGAAGGCGGAGCCGAGUGAUUGCGUGGAUCCUCGCCAGCUCCUGCGCCGGCCGGGCGAAUCUCAAAAGACCAGUUGGUUUGUCGUAUUUGAGUCUCAUUAUGGGAUUGCUAGACCGACUUUCCGGCUUGCUUGGCCUAAAGAAGAAGGAGGUUCAUGUUUUGUGCCUUGGGUUGGAUAAUAGUGGCAAAACCACAAUCAUAAACAAAUUGAAACCUUCAAAUGCGCAAUCUCAAGAUAUAGUUCCAACAAUAGGAUUUAGCAUAGAGAAAUUCAAAUCAUCCAGUUUGUCUUUCACAGUGUUUGACAUGUCAGGCCAAGGAAGAUACAGAAAUCUCUGGGAACACUAUUAUAAAGAAGGACAAGCCAUUAUUUUUGUCAUUGAUAGUAGUGAUAAAUUAAGAAUGGUGGUGGCCAAAGAAGAACUUGAUACUCUUUUGAAUCAUCCAGAUAUUAAACACCGUCGAAUUCCCAUCUUAUUCUUUGCAAACAAAAUGGAUCUUAGAGAUGCAGUGACUUCUGUGAAAGUGUCUCAAUUGCUGUGUUUAGAGAACAUCAAAGAUAAGCCAUGGCAUAUUUGUGCUAGUGAUGCCAUAAAAGGAGAAGGAUUGCAGGAAGGUGUAGACUGGCUUCAAGAUCAGAUCCAGGCUGUGAAGACUUGAAAGGAUAGUAUUUGGAAACCUUGGGAAUUCUGAAUUGAAGGAAUAUUCUAAGAUCAUCUGAACAUCUUUAACAUUUUGCAUCCAAGAAUAUUUUAUAUUCUGCUUGCA